UCGUCAUCCUGAGCGAAAUCGGUUAGUCGGUUUUUCGCUCUUCAAUAGUGACAAACUUCUACAGAUGCGUGCCAUAUUCUUAAAAUUUCAAACUUAACAAUUAUUUAAAAAUCAAAAUAAGUUUGCCAAAACAUUAUCUUUUAUGCAAAUUAUUCCGAUUAACAUUCUUAUAAGUGCAAAUAUUCUUUGAAGCGCGCGCGCGCGCGUGUGUGUGUGUAUUUAAAACUCUUCUUUGCUUUAAAAUAAAUUGUAUAGAAACUUUUAUAUUAAAAACUAUAUUAAAAAACUAUAUUGAAAAGGAAUAUGUUGCGAAUUGUAAUAAUUCUGUCGCUUAUCUGCUGGUUAGACUCACGGAGUGCUCAUCCUGCGGAUGAACCGACAAAAUUUAUUCUCAACGACAUGCGAAGUAAUGCAGAAAGCAUGUUACCUUCAAGAUUGGAGGAAGCAAAGGUAUUGUUAGGCCGUGUCGCUGAUACGAUUAGAAUCGGCACAGGAAGAUUUAUCAAUUCGAUAAUAUUGGCCAGAAACAUCAUUGUCAAUCAAGUGGAGCAAUUAAUUAGCGAAACUCAGAAUAAUCUUGAGCCAGUAAUUAUUAUGGUCGAGAAGCCUAAUCAGAGCCGCAGGUCGGUGCAAACUACAACACCGAUAGUUUUGUUCCAUCCGUCGGGGCGAGAAUCAGUUCGUUUAGAAAAUGAGACUGAGCAGGCAAUUUUAGAAAGACGAAAGCCUGGCAACAUUAGAGACGCAUUGUAUAAUAUUGUGACGCCUACACCAAUCGUUGACGGAAUUAAGGAAGAAGAAAAAUAUGAUAAUACGGGAGACAAAUUUAUUGGAUUUGGAGAAGUGUUUGUUAAAGGUUUCGAAAAUUUUGCAAAUACUUUGAGCGUCAUAGUAAAUAUCCCUUAUAAUGUCGCCAAACAAACUUCUCGAGCAGCAAGCCAGGUAUUGGAUCGUUUAGGCAAAAGACUCAUUGGACUCGAAUAAUAAAUAUAAAUGUACAUAAAUAUGUAAUUAAUUACGAAAAAUGUAUAUAGAUUAAAUAAAAUGUUAUCAUAUAACUA